AUGCUUUCUGCAAACGGGACCCCGUCCGACACCUUCGCCCGCUCUGGCUCAUCGAUGAUGACGUCGGAUCCAUCCCAUUCUGAUUACGACGUAUCCACGAACGACGACGAGAAGUCCCGAGAUUCCAUGUCCGGCUCAAGAACACUCAAGAAGCCCCGAUGGUUUUCUCAGGUCAAAGAUUGGUUGUCCGUGAGCGAACCUUCGGCUGUGGCGAUGAAGGAACAGAAAAGGAUGACAUUCAAGAAACAUGGCAUCGACCCCAAGGAUCCUAGAGCUGCAGCCAAGCUGCAUCUACCCAUUGGGAAGCUUCCCGAGGGAGCUAUCACCUCCACUCGGGGACCAAGUCCCGAAAAGGCACUGAAGCUAGCCCAACAAAAACGGGAAUCCUUUUCAACCUUCAGCCAAAACUCCCGCUCCAUGUCCAGCAGCAUCUUCUCCGUCCCGACCAGUCCCCGGGAGACCAACCCCGUCGCCCCAUGGGAAACUUGA